AAACUGAACCCUGCACAACGUGGUCAGUUUUCACCCAUACACGCACUCACACACACACACACACACCAUCUGCGAAGAAGCGUUACCACGGUGAGCCAUUGACAUCUUCACACACCCUUUUAGAGAGAGAAUAUGUGUUUCUAGAGUGAGACUAUGGGAGGUGGUUCAGUAGGAGGAGUGAUUGUGCCGUCGGUCAAGUCGGAACCGCCUGAACCGUCGUCAGACAGGCUGGCAGUCGCUUCUUCACCUCCACCACCACCGCUGUCUCAGGAACCUCCGACGCAGCUUCCGGCGCCGGAUUCCGCUUUGGCUGUGGUGGAGGUGGAGGCAAGGGGAAAUGAUCGUGCUUCGGUGGAUGCGGCAGCGCUGGAUAAAGAUGUCUUGUGUCCGAUAUGCAUGCAGAUCAUUAAGGAUGCGUUUUUGACAUCGUGUGGUCAUAACUUCUGUUACAUGUGCAUUGCUACACAUCUUCAGAAUAAGAGCGAUUGUCCUUCGUGUGCUCAGUAUCUCACCACUAAUCAACUAUUUCCUAAUUUUUUGCUUAACAAGCUAUUGAUGAAGGCUUCAGCUUGUCAAAUAGCAAAAGGUGCAUCUCCUGUUGAACAAGUCCGUCUAGCAUUUCAACAGGGAUGCGAUGUGUCAAUCAAGGAGCUGGACAGCCUCUUAACUCUUCUUACUGAGAAGAAAAGAAAAAUGGAGCAAGAAGAAGCUGAGACAAAUCUGCAUAUUAUGCACGAAUUUUUGCAUUGCUUAAGAAGGCAGAAGCUUGAAGAGCUGAAUGAGGUACAAAAUGAUCUUCAGUACAUUAAGGAAGACAUAAGCGCCGUAGAGAGACACAGAAUAGAAUUGCAUCGAGCAAGAGAAAGAUGCUCGUUAAAACUAAGGAUGCUUUCUGAUGAUUCCACUGUAAAAACAUCAUGGCCAUCAUUGAUGGAUAAACGUAAUAGCAGCAGUAUGCCUAUGGGAAACAUCGUUGGUUCAGGAAGUCCACAAAGUAGGUUACCUGAUUUACAGGCUCCUGUAAGCUCUCUAGCACUUCAAAGAAAGGAUGCUUGCAGUGGGUCAGAUUCACAGAAUACUCAAGCAGGAGUAACUGUAGCAAGAAAAAGGCGGGUUCAUGCACAGUUUAAUGACUUGCAAGAAUGUUACCUGCAAAAGAGAAGACAUUGGGCAAAACAAACGCAGAAGCAGGAAGAAAGGGACAGUAAUCCUGUAAAAAGAGAAGGUUUUCAUACAGGACUGAAGGACUUUCAAUCUGUACUUUCUACAUUUACACGAUACAGUCGAUUGCGAGUCAUUGCUGAACUUAGGCAUGGGGAUCUUUUUCACUCAGCUGAUAUUAUAUCAAGCAUAGAAUUUGACCGAGAUGAUGAGCUUUUUGCAACUGCUGGAGUUUCACGACGAAUCAAAGUUUUUGAGUUUGCCUCUGUGGUGAAUGAACAAGCAGAUGCUCAGUUACCUGUGGUGGUGGAAAUGUCAACACGCUCCAAACUUAGUUGUUUGAGCUGGAACAAGUACACCAAAAGUCAUAUAGCCAGUAGUGAUUACGAGGGUAUUGUGACCGUCUGGGAUGUAACCACUCGCCAGAGCGUAAUGGAGUAUGAGGAGCAUGAGAAACGAGCAUGGAGUCUUGAUUUUUCACGUACUGAACCUACAAUGCUAGUAUCUGGAAGUGAUGACUGUAAGGUGAAGAUAUGGUGUACACGACAAGAGGCAAGUGUCCUUAACAUUGACAUGAAAGCAAAUAUUUGCUCAGUGAAGUAUAAUCCUGGAUCUAGCUUUCAUGUUGCGGUGGGUUCUGCAGAUCAUCAUAUUCAUUAUUAUGACUUAAGGAAUGUAAGCCAACCAUUGCAUGUUUUCAGUGGGCAUCGGAAAGCUGUUUCUUACGUAAAAUUCUUGUCCAACCAUGAGCUUGCUUCUGCAUCUACUGAUAGCACGCUGCGGUUGUGGGAUGUCAAGCAUAGUAUCCCGCUUCGUACGUUUAGAGGACAUGUGAAUGAGAAGAACUUCGUGGGUCUAACUGUGAAUAGCGAAUUCAUCGCCUGUGGCAGUGAGACUAAUGAAGUCUUUGUGUACCACAAGGCUAUUUCGAGACCUGCAGCAUCACAUGGAUUUAGUUCCGAUGCAAACGAGGGUGAGGAGCCAGGGUCGUACUUCACAAGUGCCGUUUGUUGGAAAAACGACAGUCCGACAAUGAUAACUGCAAACAGUCGGGGAACGAUUAAAGUUCUCGUUCUUGCUGAAUAGUAAGUACAUAUAAGUUUGAUGGAGUAAAAGAAGUUCCUCUUUAUGAUAUAGCAUUUUUAUCCCAGUGGCUUGGUUGAUUAAGUUAGAAUCCUUUUCAAGAUGGAAAGGCAAAUUACAUGCUUUCCACUUUGAUGUUCCUUAAAACUAGUUUUUGCUGCAAAUCCUUAUUCAAACUUCGGGUAAUCGUCAUGUAGAUUUGUUUACCUAUUUUUGUCUAGUUAAAUCCCGAUUUUACGAUC